AUGCUGACGGGCAAAAUUCCUGCAGAGCUUGGUUCUUUGACUAAGCUCGAGUCGCUGUCUUUUGGAAGAAACAAUCUAACAGGAGGUUUGCCUUCUACUCUUGGGAAUCUAUCAUCUCUUGUAAAUUUUUAUGCAAAUUACAAUAGCAUUGGCGGGACUAUACCAGAUACUUUCGGUCAAUGGGAAAAAUUAGAAGUCCUUGCACUGGUGAUGAACAAGUUGGUCGGUACCAUUCCUUUAUCCAUCUAUAACCUCUCUUCUAUCACAAUCUUUGAACUUCCAUAUAAUCAAAUCGAAGGCAGCCUUCCAUCUGAUCUAGGAAUCACUCUUCCUAAUCUCCAAUUCCUAGUUCUUGGUGGUAACUUGUUUACUGGUUCCAUUCCGGUAACAGUAUCCAAUGCUACCAAACUAAGUAACCUUGUCUUGGCAGAAAAUGGAUUUACAGGAAAAGUCCCUUCUUUGGAAAAGCUGCGUGAUCUUGAGAAAAUAACAUGUCACGAUAAUCUUCUAGGAACAGGGGAAGCGGAUGACUUGAGUUUUUUCGACACUUUGACCAAUGCCACUAGAUUGGCCCGAGUGUCUCUAGCCGACAACAACUUUGGAGGUGAGUUGCCUGAAUCAAUCUUCAAUUGCUCCACUGAAUUUGCAUUUUUGAGCUUGGAUUUGAAUAAAUUAGUUGGGAGCAUCCCAUCCGGCAUAGGGAAUCUAAUCAAUUUGCAGGUUCUUUCCAUGUCCCUCAACCAUUUAAGUGGCAACAUUCCUUCUGAUAUCGGGAAGCUUCAAAAGCUGCAGAUUUUGAGAUUCUUUGAUAAUAAUAUCCAUGGGGAGAUCCCAACAUCUUUUGCAAAUUUAACUUUGUUACUUUAUCUCGAUGCAUCUGGAAAUAAUCUUCGGGGCAACAUCCCUUCACAUGUCGGAAAAUACCAUUUUUUGGUGUCACUAUGUCUUCAUCAUAACUAUCUUAGUGGCAUCAUUCCCAAAGAAAGUGCUAAUCUCACGUCAUUGUUUGAACUAAACCUUGCACAUAAUAAUUUGAGUGGUUCCCUUCUGUUGGAAAUUGGACUUCUGCAAAAUCUAGAAAUACUAGAUGUUUCUCAAAAUAGGUUGGUCGGAAGUAUUCCAAGUUCUAUUGGUAGUUGUGUGAAGUUGACGUCAUUAAACAUGGAGGCGAACAAAUUAUGGGGCACCAUUCCUUCAACUUUAGCUAAUUUGAGAGGUCUGGAGGAGUUAGAUCUUUCUUACAACAACCUCUCAGGAAAAAUCCCAGACUACUUGGAAGGCUUUGUCUUUCUAACGAAACUAAACCUAUCAUUUAAUGAUUUUGAGGGUGUCGUACCAGAAAGUGGUGUAUUUAAGAAUGUAACAGCCUUUUCUGUUGAAGGAAACAAGAAGCUCUGUGGGGGAAUACCUGAAUUGCAGCUGCACAGUUGCAACUCCAAAGGGUCCAGAAACAAAGGAUUUUCUCUAACCAUGAAAUUAAUUACUUCUAUGUCUUUCGGGUUUCUCGGACUGCUUUUGUUCUUGUGUUUCCUAUAUCUAUGUUGGUGUAGAAAGACGAUAAAUGUACCGUCUGUCAAGUUAUUAGGAAAUCCAUUUUACCAAUUGUCCUACCAAGCUCUGCUUAAAGCUACUGAUGGCUUUUCUCCAGCAAAUUUGAUUGGUGUCGGUAGUUUUGGUUCAGUAUACAAAGGAAUUCUUGACGAGGGUCAAAAAGUUGUUGCAGUUAAAGCGUAUCGGCCGGUUCCCGAUACGUAUCGGUCCGUAACCGAUAUUUGGACCGAUACGGCCGAUACGGCCGAUACGUAUCGGUGCUGA